GUCCAAAAAUCCGACAACACCGGAAGACAUUCCCUGCCUCUCUCCUCAGCCCAUCCCUUUUCUCUCUCCUCCCCCUCCCUCUCUUCCUCCUCGAUCUCACUCGUAGGGUUUCAAGGGAUCUCUCUCUUCGCUGUGCUGCAUUUCGGAGAAGAGAUCGGAGUGAUCGAUGGCGGGGAUGCGGAUGCCGCCGGAGGACAGCGAUCUCUUCCCGGCGAGGCCGCCGCCGGCGUCGGAUCUGAUAUCGGACGACGACCGGUCGGUGGCGGCGGACUCGUGGUCAAUAAAGAGCGACUAUGGGAGCACGAUGGACGACGAGCAGCGCCAUGUCGACGCCGCCGAGGUCCUCUCCAGCUGCAACUUCCCCGCUGCUUCCGAUUACAGUUCUGACAAGGAUCUACCAGAUGCCAGUGAGGUUGAAACAUCCGUGUUGGGCUCACAGGGCUAUUGGGAUGCUGCUUAUGGGGAGGAUCUUGCAAAUUUUCAUGAGCAUGGCCAUGUGGGUGAAACUUGCUUCGGUGUUGAAGUCAUGGAAGUUCUUGUUACUUGGACUAAAAACCUGUGUGCCAGCAUGUGCCCAGGUCCUAACAUGGCUGAUGACAAAAGUUGUAAAUCUGAAUCAAGUGACAGCCACAGAGAGUUGUCCAGCUGGAGUGUACUUGAUAUUGGAACUGGGAAUGGUCUGCUUCUGCAAGAGCUUGCAAAGCAAGGGUUUACUGAUCUUACCGGAAUUGAUUAUAGUGAAGGAGCAAUCGAGCUCGCGAGAAACAUUGCUCUUCGUGGUGGAUUUUCCAGUAUUCACUUCAUGGUCGAUGAUGUUCUCGAGACAAAACUGGAGAGAAAAUUCCAACUACUUAUGGACAAAGGGACUCUAGAUGCCAUAGGGCUGCAUCCAGAUGGUCCCAUCAAAAGAAUUAUGUACUGGGAAUCUGUAUCAAACUUGGUUGCUCCUGGUGGUAUACUGGUUAUCACGUCAUCUAACAGUACAAAGGAUGAACUACUGCAAGAGGUGGACAAUUUUAAUCAAAGAAGGCUUGGUGCUCAGGACAUUGAUCAAGAGAAACACAGCAAACCUGCUGUCUUCCGAUAUCUUGAUCAUGUCCAGACCUAUCCUAAUAUGGUAUAUGGUGGGGCAGAAGGAUCCCGUAUGGCCACUAUUGCAUUUAUUUGCAAGUCAAAUUAGAAGCUGUUAAUCUCUUUCCACUUCUAUUCAUAUAUGGAGCUAAAAGAACCAAGUGUGCUUUCCCUCUAGUUUCUGGUUAUGGAUAUUUUUUCUUCUCUCCUUGAAGUUUUCUGGUUUUGAGAGGGAUUGCUUAUAUUUUGAUGAGAGUUGCGUUGACGCUGUUUGCUCUGGAAAAUUUGUGCUUUAUGUAGUUUUGAAGUGUUUUGUUGUUUUGGUAACGGAUCUGGAAAUAUUGACAUAUUGCAUACAAAGAUUACAGAAAGGUUCCAUUGGACUUCUCUGGAUCAUCAUGCCCUUAUCCUUAUAA